AUGAUGGAUUCCAGAUCCCUUGACGAUCCCUCGGUGUGCAUCCUUCCGGGUGGCACAAACAAGAAGGAGAUUAGGGGUCUGUGUGAGAAGUUUGGUUUGUUGGUGGAUAUUUAUCUUGCUGGUAGAAGGGAUGCUUCUGGUUCAUUCUUCGCAUUCGUGAGAUUUGCCAAUGUUGGGAACCUCGAGGUUGUCGUGGAUGCUCUGAAUAGAAUUUACCUAAGAGGGAAUAAUUUCCUAGCAAACCUUGCCAAGCAUCUGAGAAAACAGAGUUCGGUGGGACAUUCAGUAAGUUGGCGAUUGCUAAGUCGGUUGUUCCACCUUUGGGUGGCAAGAAUUCUUUUCAUUGCAGGGACGAUAGAUCUUUCGUUGAUGUCGUGA